AUGGGUUGCAAAAAGGUCGGCCAUGAUCACAUAUGGCCAGAUACGGGCACGCUCAUCAUCCAGAGCUGCGAGAGACGGUGUAACUUCUGCGCCGUCCAAGGUCUCAAGAAGCGGUUGUCCAGUGCCAGUGGCCUGCGUGAGCAUGUCCGAUCGAUCCACGUCAGGAAAGGCCCUUAUAAGGGUCUCACAGUGUCAGAUCUAAGAGAUGAAGAGCGAGCGCAGUCCGAGUCACCAGGGAGGAGAGGCCGGGCCCGACACCGAGCUUUGACGGACUGGACUCCUACUCCUGGACCAUCCAAGCGGCGGCGACAAGAAAGUCCCGAUUCGGUCAACUCUGGAGCCUAUUGCGGUAUCAAUGCAGGCAUUAAGAAGGAACGGCAGUCGGCUUCGUUGGCUGUCGAUUGCCGCCCGGUCGAUGCAUCAAGUCAGCAUAGCAAGCGACAAAAGACACGCGAGCGUGAAGUGGCGAUCGGAAGCGAGGACGAUCUCGGCGCCGCAUUCAAAGGACCGCCCACACCCCACGAAGAAGAUGAGAUAUCCACCAGUGAAGUAGAUGACGAGGUGCGUCUCGAUGAUACACCCACACAAGCCAAGAAUGAGUAUGCUUUCGUCACACUGGCCAAAGCACGCCCAACUGCGCUAAGCUUCGGGCCGGCGCUGCAGGAAGUGGUAGGCGAUCUUCUCGCCAGCUUGGCCAUGGAUGCGGAUCCUACAAGGCUCGCUAGAAAAGUGAAGGAGGCAUGCCAGGACCUUCACAAGGCUGGAGCUCAGCCGGAGAGGGUGGACCAAGUCCGUUCGUUGUUGCAGCAUAAGCUGCGAGACCACUUAACGAGCCUGCUGUCAGUACUGUCAUCCACCACUACAGGCGAGCAAGAGCAUAGCGCAAGUACAAAGCCUGGCAAGCUGAAGAAGAUCAAGAAGAAGCGCAAAGCCAAGGAUAAGGCUCGUGAUGCGCAUCCGCGAGCGGAUCCCGCAGAAACAGACUCCGCCGAAGCCAAGAGUAGAGCCACCGUGAAAGCAGCUGCAUUGACUCCUGGUCCCCUCAUGCGAGCUGCAGGAGCUAUCAGUGGGCAUAUUGGUCGCAGCUAUGACAAGCAGUACUGGACACAACCAACCUUCGUCGGCGCAGAGCGCCACAUCAUGCCGGAAGACGACUUUUAUGUGCUCUUGCCAUUUGGUACGCCAGAUCUUCCUUUCUCGGACGCAAAGCUGCAGGAAGUACAAGUAGCUUGCGCAACGGCUUUCGCGGAGCUCCAAAGCUUUCAACGAGUCUUUCCUUGGGGCAAGUCGUUGUGGGUAGCAGCCUUCCGCAGCAGAACCGAUGCCAGCGCUGCGCAACGAGCGAAGCUCAUGAUCCGUAACAUCCCGUGUCGCCCAUCACAUCUGAAAUGUUAUGGAUCACCCAAAACAUUUGGGACAGACUUCUUCAAGUUUGGGCGGCUUACACUGCAAGAAGUGGCCAGAGCUUUCUUCGAUGCAUGCCAACCGUACUGCGGAAGUACUAGUCAGGUACAACUCCGUCUGCAGAGAUGUAACACGGGUACUCGGGGCAGUCUGAAACUGGUCGCAUACUUCAACACUGCUCCUGGACUGCUUCGCUUCUGCAUCCCGGUCGCGCAAAGUGGAGAGACUCCGUUCAUGCUUAGAUUUCUGCCUAUGGAGGUUGCCAAGGAGUGCUGGCUGUGCAGAACCCAUCACAGAGUACAGCCCCACGUCGCACUGACUACCGUUAUGGCAAAGAAGAAAAAGGCCAAGAAGUCGAAAGGCAAGGGAAAAGCAGCACCAGAAGAACUUCCCGAAUCUGACUACGACGAGAUUCGUCGCCAAUACACGAACCCCGACACUGGCGAAGUGAACUACGAGGCAUUUCUCGACCAGAUCCUCCGCGAGUUCAUCGAAGCCGAGGCCGAAGUAUCUGCCAGUGCAGACGCGAGAGCUGCCGCGAACGAUGCCUCACCGUCAGUUACCGACUCCGAAGUCGUAGUGUUCCCAGAUAUCGACACUCUCAUGCGUCAGAUUGUGCUCUCCCAAUACGAGCUCAGAAAAUCCAUGGAACUGCCUCCUCUGCCGAUGACUGAGACCAGUCGGCCUUUGUGGGAUGCGAUCGAGGAGAACUACAGAUUGCUCGAUGAGCUCCGCGCUGUUGGCAGGAAUGCGCAAGGUGCUCUACAGGGAGUCAUCAAGGCCAUGAGAAUCGCGUGUGCUUCAGCGACCGGCUCUGGAGGUGUGGCUGCUUCGAAACAAUACACAGGAGCGACAAGGGCGGCACAGGGGAUGCAGAUACGAUUUGAAGAAGCGGGUGAAGAGUUCGAAAAGCUCAGCCAACUCAUUGAGUCCAAGGUCGGCGUAUCGCAAAUGCUUGCGGAAGAGGAGGCCAUCAGCACCGGAACCGUUCUCAUCUCGGAGUUGGAAGAUCUUGAAGAUGUGUAUUCAAGUGGCGGCAACCAAGCGGCGUUGCAGCAUCUGAUCCAGCAGCACAUCGAAGUGUUGGAAGCCUACAACGAUUCAACCCAGCGGCAUGACACGAAAGAAGAAGAGAAAGAAGAGGACGUCGACAGCGAAGCGACAACCGAAGAGCCAGACGAACCUGCAACGCCGCAAGAGCCCGUGGAUUACGUCGUUCGUACCACGCCACAAAGUGAACCCCAACCAGCCGCGCAGUGGGACGUUGUGUCGGAGAAUGUGCCUCCGGGAUUGGACCCCGCGACGGGAAUCAUUGAUAGUGAGAGUGUGGAGAUGAUUAUGAAGAAAGCUGAAAGUUAUCAGAAGUCGCUGGCUGAUGAGCUUGAGAAGAUGGGGCUGCGAGGGAAAGGUGGGGCUUCGUGA